AUGCACGAUACAUUAUUUAAUGAUUUUCUAUUGAUAGACAAAUCAUCUUUUACAGCAGAACAUGAGCGCGCUAGCGAAUAUAUUAACUAUGGAAAAGAAGUUGGAGCAGAUGUGGUAGUCGUGUCGUUUCAAAAUAUACAAAAAGUUGAAGAGCAUUUUAGCAUCACAGAACUACUAUUAUGGAACACAAGCUUGACAACAUUUUAUACAGAGACCAUUGUAAAUUUUGACCAGGAUGUGCUUUUUCUGAAAAGAAUAGGUAAUACAAGAGCUCCAUGGGAAUAUGUCCAAGAGGAAUUCGAGCUUGAUAAAAGAAACGAUACUGAUCCAUAUUUAGGCAUUUGGGUGGACUAUAAAACAUGUAAGGUCGAAAUAUAUUCUACAGAAAAUGAAUAUCUAGGAUUUAUAAACGAAGCUAAUUGUAAGGAGAAAUCUACAAUAAAUAAAAUGCUUGCUUGGAAAAAUGGAGAUAUAAAGUUGCGCAUUAAUAAACAAUCCAAACAGGGAUUUUAUUUAAAUCGAGAUAAGAUCCCUAUACUAAUACAAUCUCAUUUGGUCACCUUGAGUUAG